AUGGAACCACCUCAUUCCGUCUCCUUCAACCCCAAGGGAUCUAUGAUGUCUGUGAUGAGCAAUCCAACAAACAUUUUCUGGCAUGAAAGCACAGUAGGGAAAACCGAAAGACAAAACCUAAUCAACCAACAGGGAUGUGUUGUAUGGAUCACAGGUCUCAGUGGAUCAGGUAAAAGUACACUUGCAUGCUCAUUAAACAGAGAACUACACUCCAGAGGAAAACUUUCCUAUGUUCUUGAUGGUGAUAAUGUUAGACAUGGAUUAAACAAAAACCUUGGAUUCUCACCCGAAGAUAGAACUGAAAACAUUCGUCGUGUUGGAGAAGUAGCUAAGCUAUUUGCAGAUGCUGGAUUAAUCUGUAUAGCCAGUCUGAUAUCUCCUUACAGAAAAGAUCGCGAUGCAUGUCGUGCAAUGUUGACAGAUGCAAAUUUUAUAGAGGUGUUCAUGAACAUGUCUCUUGAAGUGUGUGAAAGAAGAGAUCCUAAAGGCCUUUACAAGCUUGCAAGAGCUGGGAAGAUUAAAGGCUUUACUGGGAUUGAUGAUCCUUAUGAACCACCUUUGAAUUGUGAGAUUAUGAUUGAAGAAAAAGAUGGAGUUUGUCCUACACCAUGUGAUAUGGCUGGACAAGUAGUUUCUUACUUGGAUGAAAACGGGUUUCUUCAUGCUUGAAAAUGGGUGAUCAACUUUGACUUGUUUGACCUGUUGAUUUUCGGAUGAAUAUUUUGAAGUUAAAUAUGUGAACCUUUAAUCUUGUAGAAAUGAAAACUUUAGGUUGACUAAAAAUUGUCUAAUUGCAUAUUUGAUAUGUUAUAGUGUGUGAUGUCAUUAGUAUUUGAAUUAUUUAUACCAAUUGUAUAAAGUAUAAACCAUGUCAAAUAAAAGGUAUUGAAAGUCAAUAUUGUAAUAA